AUGGUUUAUCGCGCAAUCUCUCCGCCUGCGACCUCCUUUCCUCGUGAUGAUGGAGACGACAAGCCAGUCAAAGUCCGCUUCCACUUCAUAGCUAUCAUUCGUUUCAUUGUCAUCAUUCUUGCAUGUGUUGCUUUUGGUUACUCGGUCCACAACGGAAACUUCGCUCCAGUUCUUCUGUCCAUCCUCGUCAUGCUUCUUAUCCUAUGGAACUUUUGGCAGAUUGUCGUUGCUGUAGUUGGCGAGAAAGGGGGCAAGUUUCAUCUCCCAUCGUUCAAGCUUCAAAUCGGCUCCUGGCACUGUUCAUGUGGAGGUGACCAGGACGACCUCCUACCAAGUCAUCGGGACGAGCCUGAGCCACCAAAGAAACGACCCCUUUUACCCGUUGAGAAGCUGGACCUGGCACUGUCAGUCUUCACGCUGAUAAUCUCUCUUAUCGCCCAUAAUGACUGGAAUUACCGAUGGUAUACCCAGGAGGUCAUGUUUCCCCUUAUUUGGACUGUCGUCGCUUUGGAGUUCACGAUUGUCUUUCUCUCCUACUUCAAGGUGUUCAAAGGCGUCACCAUCUUCGUCAUGCCCGAGGAGGAUAAUCGAGAUACAUAUCAAUACCACAUCCAACUUCCACAGAACGUCGAAUCAAGACCGACACAGGGCAAAGGACUAUCUGUUCAAGCCUGA